AUGUGGGACGGCCUUUUUAUGCUGCUCGCUUUGAGCACCAUUAUGGGCAUUGCCUCCUUCCUCGCCGGCAUUGUUCCGCUCUCCUUUAGCCUCUCUCCGCGUCAGCUCCGCAUCUUCACACUCCUGGGCACCGGCGUGCUAGUAGGGACCUCGCUCAUCGUCAUCAUACCGGAGGGAAUCGAGACCCUGUACAGCGCAGGAGCUAAAGCACGUUCGCAGGAUGCGAGGGUCAUACAACCUACUAUCCCUUCUCUGUCGGGCUCACAAACAGGAGUCAAGCACCCUGCUGAGUUCCCAACCUGGAGGAGGUCAGACGUAGUGGAUACUACCUUUCUGCAUGGCGGUGCGGUCAAGGCUUCAACUGGCGAUGUCCCUGGCGACAAAGCCAUUAUCGAUCUUCAGGUGAAGAAGACCAAGGACACCAAAGACAAGGAGAAGGAGAAAGCUGAAGAAGCGCAUCCGCAAAAGGGCGGCGACGACGACUCGACAGAGGGCCACAAAGAAGGACACACUCGCGUUCAUGCACCAGAAGACGACGAGGAAAGCCACAGCCAUUUAGGAGACGGAUACGACGAGAAACCCGGUCCACAUGCGUACAUAGGCGUCGCAUUGAUCCUUGGAUACAUCCUCAUGUUCCUUGUCGAUCACCUCCCGGAAGCAUUAUCCUCUGCGAAGCCAAAAUACCAACCCAUGCACAUCUCACUCUCGAAUCUAGCCCGGGGACCGCAUAAUUCGUCCUCCUUAAGCCUCAAUGGAAUGGGAGCCGCUAGUAACGCUGUCACGCCCCUGGCAACCCCAGGUCUACCUCCUUCCUCGUCUAAGAAGACCCCAUCAGCAACUAUCGGCCUUAUUGUUCAUGCUUGCGCCGACGGAAUUGCCUUAGGCGCAUCCUCAACUGCGCCCUCGACGUCUUUAUCGUUGGUCAUUUUCUUUGCCAUCAUGCUUCACAAGGCGCCCGCUGCGUUCGGGCUUACGUCCGUCCUUCUCAAGCAAGGCCUCUCGAAACGCAGAGCUCGAACUCAUCUUGCUUUCUUCAGUCUAGCAGCCCCAGCAGGCGCUCUUGCAACAUGGGCUAUCGUACACCUGUUCGGUCGCAACCGAUUAGGCGGAGACGACGGGUUGACUUGGACCACUGGUUGGGUCCUCUGCUUCUCUGGCGGUACUUUCUUAUACGUGGCGAUGCAAUCCAUGUCUGAAGCAACAUCAUCUCACCUUCACGAGGAUCCGAUCGCGAAUAGUUAUAUGGAUGCCUACCCCGGUGGCAACGGUCUGUCCAAGACCGAUAUCGCCAUCGUCAUGUUCGGCAUGCUGUUACCGCUCGUCUCACAGAUGGGUCACGCUCACUCGCAUGGGCACUAA